UGGGGCAGGGAAAGGGGCUAUAAUGGGGGAAGGGAAGAGCAGGCGGAAAUAAUGAAUGCAAACAAAUGGAGUAAUGGAGCUGAUGGGAAAGAUGGCCUGCUUUUAAUUCGUUGCAGGGAGGGGUUGGCGGAGAGAAGCAAACAGAAAGAGUAUAAAGGGGUCGGAGUCUGUUCAUGUGGAGGGGUUUGUGGAUCUGGGUUUCUGUUGAGAUGGGAGAAAGAUCUGUUCUUUUGACUGCUCUGAAGGGCUUAAAUUAGGGUUCCUGGGACUUGUUUUUGGAUUUUUUUUCCCUGAUUUUCUUCUUGGUUUUUUUUUUUUCUUCUUUGGAUUGCUGAGUUGUUGUGCUGUGUCUAUCUUCUUUGCUUUGGAGUGGUGGGGUUCAGGUGUUAGGGCUUCAGAGGCGUCUGGUUCUUGGUGUUUUAGAGGGAGUAGGAAAGGAAAAAGAGUUUGUUUUGGAAUCAAAAUCUAGUCUUGCCCCAGUUUGCUUCUUUUUCUCUCUUUUUUUUUUGGAUAAAACUUCUUUUUCUCUUUUCUCUUCCCUUCUUUUGCUGUGGAUGGGAUUUUGAACUUCUCAAAGUUCUCAUGUUUCGGGGUUUCGUCAAUGGGAAUCUGUGGUUUUAGAGUUUGAAUGCCCUUCUCUUUUGUGUUCUUUUCAAACCCCAAAGUAAAAGUCCUCAAACUCCGUUAAAAGUUCGGGAAUGUUGUUGAAGCUCUAGGGUUUCCGUCUCUCCCUUUCCCCAACGCCGUCCCCACCGUUUCAAGCUUCGAUUUUUGAACGAAAGCUCGGAUUUUGACCCUCUCUGUGCUUCCUGGGGUUAGGGUUUUGAUCCAAAUCUGAUGGUCUUCUGAGGGUUUUCGAGGAGCUUGGCAUACAUGCAUCUGUCUCUAUGGAAGCCGAUAUCCCACUGCGCCGCCCUGAUCCUGGAGAAGAAGAACCGGUGGCGGGACGGGUCCUCCGGCUUGUCGGAGGAGGGCAAGCGGCGGCCCUCGAUGCUCCGGCAGCUGCAGGAGAGCAAGCUCCGGGAGGCCCUCGAGGAGGCCUCCGAGGACGGCUCCCUCUUCAAGUCCCAGGACGUGGACACCGAGCCUUUCGGCAACCCUGACGAGGGCUCCAUCGGCCGGUCGCGGUCCCUCGCCCGCCUCCACGCACAGCGGGAGUUCCUCCGUGCCACCGCCCUCGCCGCCGAGCGCACCUUCCACGCUGCCGAUGCCAUUCCCGAGCUCGACGAGGCUUUCUCUAAGUUCCUCACCAUGUACCCCAAGUACCAGUCCUCCGGCGAGAUUGACAAGCUGAGGUCCGACGAGUACUCUCACCUCUUCGACGCUGGUGCCAAGGUAUGCCUAGAUUACUGCGGCUUCGGCCUCUUCUCUUACCUUCAGAGCUUUCAGAAUUGGGAGUCAUCUGCUUUUAGUCUGUCAGAGAUCACUGCUAAUUUGAGCAACCAUGCUCUCUAUGGCGGUGCCGAGAAAGGCACUGCCGAACAUGAUAUCAAGACUCGAAUAAUGGACUAUCUGAACAUUCCAGAGAACGAGUAUGGUCUGGUGUUUACUGUCAGUAGAGGUUCUGCAUUUAAAUUGCUCGCUGAAUCCUACCCAUUUCACACAAACAAGAAGCUCUUGACAAUGUUUGAUCAUGAGAGCCAGUCUGUGAAUUGGAUGGCUCAGAGUGCAAAGGACAAGGGUGCAAAGAUAUGCAGUGCGUGGUUCAAAUGGCCGACGCUCAAGAUCUGCUCCACGGAGUUGAGGAAGCAGAUCUCGACCAAGAAGAGGAGGAAAAGGGAUUCAGCUGCUGGUCUAUUUGUGUUCCCAGUUCAGUCUAGAGUUACUGGAGCUAAGUAUUCUUAUCAGUGGAUGGCAUUGGCACAGCAGAAUAAUUGGCAUGUCUUGCUUGAUGCUGGGUCUUUGGGUCCCAAGGACAUGGAUUCACUUGGGCUGUCUCUUUUCCGGCCGGAUUUCAUUAUAACAUCGUUCUACCGGGUGUUUGGGUUUGACCCAACUGGUUUUGGAUGCCUCCUUAUCAAGAAGUCAGUGAUGGGGAGCUUGCAGAACCCAAAUGGCAGCACUGGAUCAGGAAUGGUGAGGAUUGUUCCAGUGUUUCCCCAGUAUCUGAGUGACUCUGUGGAUGGUCUGGAUGUACUGGAUGGGCUUGAAGAUGAGACUGUCAAUGGAAAUGAUGAAUCACUGCAAUCUGAUGCCCACCGACGAUCACAAUUGCCAGCGUUCUCUGGUGCAUUUACAUCGGCUCAAGUAAGAGAUGUGUUUGAAAGUGAGAUGGAUCAUGACAACAGCUCUGACAGAGAUGGGGCGAGUACCAUCUUUGAGGAGACAGAGAGCAUUUCUGUUGGGGAGGUCAUGAAAAGCCCAGUUUUUAGCGAGGAUGAGUCGUCAGAGAACUCCUUCUGGAUUGAUUUGGGUCAGAGCCCGUAUGGGUCAGACAAUUCAGGGCAGCUGCACAAAGGGAAGUUGGGAUCUCCAUUACCACCUUCUUGGUUUGCUGGGAGGAAAAAUCAUAAGAAGGUAUCUCCCAAAGUGACAUCCAAUAAAUCAAAGAGCCCAAUUUAUGAUGAUCAUGUAUUAUCUUUUGAUGCAGCUGUCCUAUCAGUCUCACAGGAACUGGACCGUGUUAAGGAAGAGCCUGAAGAAGAGCAUCCAGAAAGAAGCCGAAACAAUGCAGAUUUCCAGCAUGUCAGCGAGAUUCAGGAAGAGCCUGAAAUCAAGGAAGCAGCAGCUACACGAGCUGUGAAGUUUUCCACUACUAAUGGAAGGAAAACCAGCAGCUCUGCUUCUGUGUUUGGUUGCCACAACAGUCAUGAGAAUGGUUCAACAUCUGAAAUAUGCCAAGAAGGCCAUGUUGAGGCAAAAGAAAGUGCCAUAAGAAGGGAAACAGAAGGUGAGUUUCGGCUAUUGGGAAGGAGAGAAGGAAAUAAUAACAGAUUUGCUGGAGGUAGAUUUUUUGGUGUGGAAGAGAGUGAAGGGGUCAUAAGCAUGGGACGCAGGGUAUCCUUCAGCAUGGAGGACAGCAAGCCUGCAGAAAGAUUAUAUCAUACUUUAGAUGCUGGUGAAGGAUCUACACAUGCACUAGGUGAUGAUGAUGCCACAAGUGAUGAUGAUGAGGAUGCUCAAGAGUGGGGCAGAAGGGAGCCUGAAAUUAUUUGUAGACAUCUUGACCAUGGGAACAUGAUGGGUCUCAACAAAACCACUCUUAGGUUGCGCUAUCUGAUCAACUGGCUGGUUACCUCAUUGCUGCAGCUGCGCUUUCCAGAUUCAGGUGGGGGCACCGGUCUGCCUCUUGUCCAAAUCUAUGGUCCAAAAAUUAAGUAUGAAAGAGGUGCAGCUGUGGCAUUCAAUGUGAAGGAUAGCAGUGGGUCACUGGUUAACCCAGAAAUUGUUCAAAAGCUGGCCGAGAAGAAUGACGUUUCUUUGGGCAUUGGCUUCCUUAGUCAUAUAAGGAUCAUGGAAAGCCAGAAGCAGUCGCAUGGGGCAGCGGAUUUGACUGAUACUUCAUUCUGCCAGCCUACAUCAAAUGGUCGCCAUGACAGUAAGACCAAGAAUGCUAUUAUCAGAGUGGAGGUUGUUACUGCUUCCCUUGGAUUCCUCACAAACUUUGAAGAUGUGUACAGGAUGUGGGCUUUUGUGGCCAAAUUUCUGGAUCCAGCGUUUCUCGAAAGUGAUAGACUAUCCACAGUUGUGGAGGUAUCAGAGUCAUAGCCAGCGGAAUUUGGUUGCAGAUGCUGUCAAGCUUUGAGGGAGGCCUGCAGCCUCCUGUGCAGCUCGAACCUAGAAGAAUGAUCAUGAAUGAGGGUGGUGAUUUGGUCUGGGGGAUGCAGGAAGCUAACAGAACCGAAGGGGUUGUUUAAUUUUCUUCUGCUUCUUUUGGAUCCCAUGGGAAUUUCCCCAUCAGAAAGGGAUGAUAGCUUACGGUUCCGCAGGUAAAUUUAUUUAUUCUUGGCCUGUUUCCUAGAUAUCUAUCAUUUUGUUUAUGUAGAGUUUGCUUAAGAAAUAUUUAUCACCGAGUUAUCAGUGGAGCACCUUUUCGGUGAAAUGAUGCUUGUAAAGCAGAAGUGAAUGGACAGAAAACAGUUCUGCUACAUUGUAAGAUACUCAUUGCUCAGAUAGGAAGACGAAGCAAGCAAUUUUUACCCCUUCUUUUUUCCAUUCUUAUGUGUUCGACUUCAUGUCUGCAACUGGUGGUGUAUUAAACGUUUCUACUAUAUCAGUUAUUUAGAGAGAUCUUGAAAGAUUUGUUCUUUUUAUA